AAUUUGUUUUGCUUUCUGUGGAGGCCGCGUCUUCAGUUUGUGUGUUGGCUUUGCUGAAAAUUCCUAUAAUAAUUAUCGAAAAAAUCAGUGAAACUCAAAAAAGUAAUCCUUCCACUUAAGUAUUUUAGGUACCUACUUGGCUACUAGUGCAUUCGAGAGGAAAAAGUCGUCUGCCGAGCUUGAGCGAUGAUUAUCGAUAAUCAGAAAAGUACCAGCAAAACGACACUGCUGAAACUGAUGCUGAUGCGUGCCUGGAAGGAGCGCUGGACCGAUUGCCAGUGGGGAAUCAACGUCAAAACGAUUUUAACUAGAGGAGUUAGUGGAGAUGUGUACAACCUGGCGGAUUGCAUUUUCCAACAGGCUAUUGUUGGUUCCGGAGCAAAUGCCCUUUUCCUGUCCUAUCUGAAACAUUCUCUCUGCACCCAUCUCAUUUCGCACGGUGCGGUACUCAGUCGGAUUGCGAAGUAUGAUCACUAUGAUAUGGACCAUUGCGUAAUUGCUCUGCUGGAAUUCUUGGAGCAGAUCAUCGAAGGGGUAACCUGUCGGAGCAAACAGGAAGAAGGUUCCCUCACUAGGGCUAUGCUUUCGUUGGUCUAUUGGCUAGUUCAAAUCUACGAGCACGCUAUUGAAACGUUUAACGAGCAGCGCUCGCUAAACGGAGAUCAGCAUGAUGUGCUCGAAAAGAUGGGUAACGUGCUGGAGAAAGUUGUCCAAAGUCAGUACCUUCUGGGAGUGGUCUACGUUGGAAAGUUCGAAGAUCCAGAAAUGUUUGCGAUGCUGACGAAGAAAAGCGAUAGGAUCAAUAAUUUGACCGUUGCUUCCGGGUUUGUUGCGCCCACUAUUGGUCAGAAAAAUGUCACCAUUAAUGACUAUCUGAGAAAGCUAGCGCUUAUAGAUAGCGAUAGUUUGGAGAUGAAAGAGUUUGAUGGAAAAGGCGUCGAACCCAUUACAUACUGUAUGCAACCUUUGAUUGCGAUUGACAUCUUGCUGAACCCGAAUUGCGAUACGCAAACUUUCGUAAGCGAGUUUUUAUCGAUCCAACGUCUCAAACGUUACCCACUGUCCAGAUUGUAUUGUGAAAUUAUUCGCGCCUGUUUAGUUUCUCUUAACAAUGUCAACGGAACGCCUCGUGAAUCGUUCAUCUGUGCAUUUACCUUCAUCAAGGUACCGCACAUUCUGCGCCAGAUUCACAUCCAAUCCCGGGUCCUGAAUCCAAACGACUUCGAAGACAAGCUAGAUUAUUCACCGGAAAUCGUCGAAGCGUUCGAGUUGCUGUUACAAGACUCACCCAUACUGGAUUUCAUGGAUGCUAAGUGCGCCUGUAAUACGAUCCAAUGUUUGCUGACCGAGAUGCUGAAGCACCAUCUCAUCAACGAGCAGUACAUGGAGGUGUUGGCCACCAAACGGGAAAUGAUUACUGCCGGGCUGCAGUUGUUGGACCUUAACCCAAAUCAACCUUCGAUUGUCAAGUUUGUCUUCCGCGCUGAGCCACCGCUGGUCGGUAUCCUGAAGACCUUGAGUGCCGAUUACAGUAAAGUACAGGAAGCUCUACUCGGAAUGCUUUGCCAAGUUCUGUCUGGCAACAGUUUCGAGUUGAUUCUAUCGGUCGCCACCGUCGAGGGGAAAUUGAAAACUUUCGUGUCCGGAUUGAUCAAAUGCAACGAAAACUCGAAACAGGUCCCGGGAGAAAUGGGCAAACCGGCCCUAACCCGGGCUACCCUUUUCGACGUUUCCUUCCUGAUGCUGUCGUUUAUCGUGCAAACGUACGGACCCGAUGUUGUGGGUCUGUCUGAGUCCGGUAGCGAUUCAUUUUUUGAAAAGUGGAUCCGCGAAUCGAUGGUAGAACGGAACAAGUCCAAAUCAGCCAUGGCCAUGGUCAAGGCGUGCGACCCGGCCAAAGUAGAAGAGUUGAUUGUAAGCUUGAACUCGCCUGAGGGAUUAAAGGCCAGUUCGUUAAAGUGGCAAGAGAUUUGUGCCAACAUUCCCGGACUGCUGCACCAGGUUCUACUUGCCUGGGAAAACGAAACCUUGUCGACCGUUGAGAUUAAAAAGUUUUUGGACAGUUUAAAAUCCCGCUUUUGUUCGUUUUCCAUUUGCGCUGCCUCUUGGCUCUGUGCUUACAUGCAAAUCGUUCGGCAGGACGAGCUGCAAAAACCGAUGAACAUGGUUCAGCAGUUCCUGACGGCAACCGGGACGGACGAAAUGAUGCAGCAGGACAAUUUUAAGGAACGAUUUGGAUUGACGGUUCAAAUAGUUCGUCGGAUGCAGCAGGACUUCCAACGGCUACCUUCGGGUGGUAGUCCCAAAAUGCGAGCCAUGCUUCAGUCACAGAGUUUGGUCUCCCAGGCACCGCUGGAGGAACAGUUCGAGGAAGUUUGGAAAAGCGUUCUGGAUAGGGGUUGGCUGCCGAUCGAGGCUACCUUGGUGUUGGACAAUUUGGUCCAAUCUUGUGGUCCAUUUUGGCUGGUUGACAAAUUGGUUCAGGAAAUUUUCCACUGUAAAUAUAUCAGGGAAAUGAACAAAACCAUGGAUAUUGUGUUUGCAAUAAUGCACCUGGAUAUCGAGCGUUGCACCAUUUCUCUGCUUUCCCAGCUGGUUCCGAUGAUGUUGCUCAACAAAUUGCAAAUUUCCGAAAUCGUGGACCCAUUUUCGCGGGUGCUGGCCAAGCUGUGCGUGUACUGUAUCAUCGCGACGAUGGAGGCACCGAUGGCACCGAGCAAGAAACGUUCCCGCACCGCGGCCAGCGAAGGCGAUGUGGACAUGGAUGCGCUCUGCCCGACGCCCAAGAUGCGCAAGAUGGGUUCGGAUUCGUGCGAUUCCAGCUCCAGCGAGUUCAUGCUGGAACAGGCCCUCGCCUAUCGGGAUGCACCGAGCACCCUGAAGGAGCCGCUGCAGAGCUGCCUGCAGGCUUUGUUCAAAACUUUCUCGCAGUACAUCGUUUCCGACGAACUGUCACCGAAGAUGUUCUUCAUUUUCCAGUUCAUAUCGCUGCUCGUCGAGGUGGGUCGGGAACGCAUCAAACCGGUGCUGAAGCUGAUCCCGAAUGGGCUGGUUCAAAGCAUGAUGAAGAUUAUUGCAUCGGAUGAUAUGACGGUGGGAUUUCUUUUGAAAUUAUAUGAUCUGAAUACAGCCUCUGGUAGGCAGUUUGCGAUGUCUGACUUAUGCCUAUUUCGUAACAUACAAAUGCGAAAAGAUAGUAUUACACUGUAAGUAACCUCUUUACUUAUGUUUUCAAUUUUUUGGCUCAAUGAGUAUUUAAUAAACUUAUAUUUGUCGUCGAAACCAGAA